GGCGGCGGCGGCGGCGGCGGGAGCCCAGAAAACUGAAGGUACAUCACUGAGAGGCUCGAGAACCAGAGGCAGGAACUGCCACCCAGGCAGCGGGGAGACAAGACGAACUGAAAUACUUCAAGCCUGGAUGGAAGCCAGGAAGAGGGAGACAGCGAGCAAGAAAAGCAAGGAGAGCCAAACGGAGAGCUCACCCAUCCCGUCAGGAUCAGCUGAGGAUGGAGGUGACCACACAAGACACUUGACUGAAGCCACAGGUUCAGCAAAGGAAGAGAGCAGUCUGGUUAAAAGAGGAGCAGUCUCAGUUGGUGAAACUAAUGAUUGCAAAACAUCUAAAAAAGGAGCCCGAACUGGAAAGGGUUUGAGCACCAAACACAACCAAGUGAGUGGAGGAGAGGCCUGGAGCAGCAGAUACGGUUUGAGAAAGAGGGAGAGAAGAAAUUACACCGAGGAAAGGGAUCUUCCUGACGAUCAUUACUUGUCUCGCAAAGUGGAUGAGUGUGACUCCCAAGCUCACCCUCAUUCGAACAUUGUGUUAUCUCAUGCCAAGUUCCAGCAGAAAAACGGCAGAAGACAUCCCAUAUUCCAUCGAGACACAUCAGCACAAUCUGCUUGUAGGAUAACUGUUUCUUCACGUCAGAGAAAAUAUCAGGGAUCUAUCACAUGUAUUGUUGCAGAAAAGGGGUUUACGAAAACGAGGUCUCUGCAGAGUCACCAACGAUCGAUCUCAGGAGCGAGACCUUAUAAAUGUGCCGAAUGUGAAAAGAGUUUCUCAACGUCAAGCAGCUUCCAUAUUCACAUCCGAUCACACACAGGAGAGAAACCGUAUAAAUGUGGUGAAUGUGGGAAGAGUUUCACAACAUCAACCAACCUCCACGUUCACCAUCGAUUACACACGGGAGAGAAACCAUACAAAUGUGCUGAAUGUGGAAAGAGUUUCACACAGUCAGGAGGCCUCCUACAGCACAAGCAAUCACAUACAGGAGAGAGACCUUAUAAAUGUACGGAAUGUGAGAAGAAUUUCACAACGUCAGGAUCGCUUAAGAUUCACUAUCGAUCACACACAGGAGAGAGACCGUAUAAAUGUGCUGAAUGUGGGCAGAGUUUCACACAGUCAGGGGACCUCCAGGUACACCAUCGAUCACACACAGGAGAGAGACCGUAUAAAUGUGGCGUCUGUCAAAUCAGUUUCAAAACGUCAGGGCCUCUCAAGGUACACCAGCGAUCACACACAGGAGAGAGACUGUAUAAAUGUGCGGAAUGUGGACAGAGUUUCACACGCGCAGGAGCCCUCCAAUGUCACCAGCGAUUACACACAGGAGAGAGACCAUACAAAUGUGUUCAAUGUGGAAAGAGUUUUGCACAGUCGGGGAACCUCAAGUUACACCAUCGAUCACAUACAGGAGAGAGACCGUAUAAAUGUACUGAAUGCGGAAAGAGUUUCACACAGUCAGGGGACCUGAAGGUACACCAACGAUCACACACAGGAGAGAAACCGUUUUCAUGUGCUGAAUGUGGGAAGAGAUUCACAACAUCAGAGAAUCUCCAGAUUCACCAUCGAUCACACACCGGAGAGAGACCGUAUAAAUGUAGCGAGUGUGGAAAGAGUUUCACAGCUCCAGGUCGUCUCCAGAGACACCAGCGAUCACACACGGGAGCGAGACCGUAUAAGUGUACUGAAUGUGGAAAGAGUUUCACCAUGAAACAGUGCCUCCAUAAACACCAGAAAGUGCACACAGGAGAGAAGUAUAAAUGUCUCGAAUGUGGGAAGUGUUUGUUGGUUACAAGCUGGGGAACCAUCAUCUCCUGCAGUACCUCACUCACGCUGUUGUGCACAUGUGAGUCUAUCACCAGGGAUAGUGAAAUACAAUUGCAUGGUGAGAAAUCAGAGCCAGUGUGUCCCCACUGACACAAGUCAUGGACUCAACUGUUAAAGCUCACAACAUGGGUUAUAAGUCAAAAGGGACCGUCAACCCUUGUCUCUUAUCACUAGGUUGGGGAAUGCUUUCUGGUUCAUUAUCAACAGAAAAGGAUGUGCUUACUGGUCUCUUACCAUCAGAUUGGGGAGAGGGGCUUCCUUUUUCAUUACCAACAGAAUGUGUUGUGUAAUUGUUUAUCACCUAACAGUUUAGUGUGUAUUUUCUGGUUUAGAUGGCUGUUUUACAGUUUAUUAUCAACAGAAUGUUCUAUGUUUUUUGCUUUUUCGCCAGCAGAUUGUUGUGUGCUUGCUGGUCAAUACUGGCAGAAUGUAAUCUGACUGAGAUUUCACCAUUAUUGUGGAUUGAUAAAGAAAGCAAUUUGAUUGAAA